AUAUAUCAUUAAUUGAAAUUGCAAGAAAAUGCCAAAGAAUAGAGUAUAUUAAUAUAGGUGGAUAUAAAAUUUCUGAUAAAUCAUUAAAAGAAAUCGCCAAUUCUUGUCCAAAACUUCAAUAUCUUCACCUACUUAAUUAUAAUUAUAUCUCCAAUAGUGAAAUAAUAGAAAUUGCAAGCUCGCAUCCUAAUUUACUUAGUCUUUCUUUUGAAGGUGAAGGUCCCGAAGGUG